AUGACUGCAACUCAAUUUAAAACUAUCAAAGAAUAUAUUUUGGUCAAAGGUGAUCGACGAACAUAUUGUAAUAUGUACAACAACAAUCCUCAUCUGCUUUUUGGUACAUAUCAUAUUUAUUUAAAUCCAUCAGUUGGCCAAUUCAAUAUAAACUGCGAUCCGAAUAAAUCUGACUUUGAUACAAUAGUUAUUCAAGAUCAGUCUUCGAAAACAAUAUAUUACGAUAUCAAAUUAAAUGAAAAUGAACAAACAUUAACCUUCGAUCCUCCUGAAAGUAAAUCUUAUUUUGAUCAAUUGUAUACUUUUGUUCAUGAAAAUAAACAAGACAAUUAA